AUGGGUUGCCUUCACAGCAAGAAGGAAAUUUCAGACCUGCAUCCCAAUAUAUUUCGUGUAGUCAAUAUUGACGAAAAUGGAACUGACCUAUGUUCCGGCCAAUUAGAAAUCACGGAAUCUGAUAUUAUCCUUUAUAGAGAAGGCCGAGAUUCUACUGUAUGGCCAUUACAUUCUUUAAGACGAUACGGCUUUGAAGGAGACUUAUUUAGCUUUGAGUCAGGUAGGAGAUGUGAAACAGGUGAAGGAAUCUAUGCAUUUAGAUGUCGACGGGCAUCGGUUUUGUUUCGUACAUUGCAACAACAAAUUCAAUUGUUAAAUGUAGUUCAUGAUACAACUACUUACCCUGUAUCAAGAAUUAAUCCUUUGCAUCAAAGUAGACAAACUGUUCAAGCAACUGUAGUUCAUAGGUCUUCAGUAGAUAAUGGACAGCCAGAACCAGAAUUGCCCCCACUACCACGCAACCCAGCCCCAAGAUCUCCAUCAAGUGCAGAUAUAUUGGAAGUUAUAAAUCCUUUACAGAACCGCGCUCAAACCAAUACUCAUGCUACCAAUGUUUAUCAAGUGAGAAAUUUUAAAAGAGAACAUAAUAAUAAUAAUCAGACAGAAGCCAUAACAGAUGGCAGACAUAUGUACACAAAUGAUUUAAACAGAGACUUAGCUGUGCUAAGAAAGACAUUAAGACGUGAAAUGGCCCUAAUUGCAAUAAGAGACAUUGAAGAUGAGACAAGAUUUCUUGAAGGUAGAUACAUGGAAAAUGAGAGUGGACCAUCCCAAGACACAACAACAAAAGAAAGUACUAUAACUAAAGCAGAUGAUACUGAAACAGAAUCAUUACCAAUGACAAAUAAUGUUGACCAAAAAGAUGUUUCUAGAUUAUAUGUUAAUAUUGCUCCUGUAAAUGCUUCUGCGACAGAAGUAAUUAAGAACGACCCAUUACCUCUAACACCAGUUACACCAAAACCAGUAGAAUAUUGCAAUUUGACAAUUGGUUCAAAUCCUGAGGUAAACACCUAUGCCAAUCUUAUGAUCGGUGAAAUGGCCGAUAGCCUGAGGAAGCAUGAUCACCACCAAAAAUUUUCUGAAUCUGAUACAUUUACUUCAAUGUCACCAGUAGAAGAGUUGGAAGUCAAUUAUGCUGUUUUAGAUAUUGAUACAAAUAAGGAAUCAUUAAGGACAGAUUUACAAGCAGCUAGUCCUGAAAGUCAAUCAAAUAAUAGUUCUAAAAACGAUAGCACUGCUUCUUACUCUUCUCAUGCUAGAAGUCGUAUGGUCUCACAAAAUAGCAUUGAUAAGAGUUCGAGCAGCAAUAAUGUAACAUCAGUGCCGACUGCAAGCAUUGGCUAUACAACAAUAGAUUUUGAUAAAACUGUAGCUCUAACAUCUGUUGCAGCAGCAGCAGAUGCCAAUUUAGAUGCGUGCCGUAAGAGUAAGCACAAUUCUUGUGUAAUAAUCGCAAAUGCUUGUGACAGGAAGUAA